AUGCCGAAACAAGAACACAACAUCGACUUGCAAUGUAUCCUGUGCAACAAAAACCCCAAGUUCUCCGACGUCUCCCACCUCCUGACCCACGUCUCCUCCAAGUCACACCUGGCCGCUCGUUUCAAGCUCCAGAUCCAGGCCCAAAGUGAUGUUGAUGCUAGAAACAGGCUUGAUCACUUCGAUUUCUGGUAUCAAAGCAGCAACAUCGAUGUCUUGUUGGCCGAUCGCAUGGCCGCGAAGGAGCACAAGAAGACAAAGAAAAGCCGGAACUCGAACGCGUCGUCCAAUAUCAAGAAAGAGAAUCGCCAACCCUCCAAUUUCGAAUCCAUGAGAGAAACACCCUUUGCCGAGACCCCAGUCCAAGGAUUUCGCGCACCAAUUCCUCGCAUGCACCUUUGGCCAACAGUUGCAAAUAACAGUCCUCUCAGUGAAUGGGAUCGAAGCCCUAUGGCGCAUGUUUAUGAGACACCGACUGCAAGACGUCAAAUUCCCAAUUUCAGCCGUCAAGAGACACCAGCUCCUGCUGCGCUUGACCCGAAACUUACAACUCCAUGGAAGCCAGAGCCAGAGGAUGGGGAGAAAGGAACAGGUGAUAAGUCCGGAUCGAAGCUUACUGAUAGCGCCAAGCUGAAGGGUGUGAUUUAUCCAGGAAUGGACCUUUUCGACUCGGCCACUCCAGAGAUGAAGAGAAUGAGAAAUCAGAAGAAGGAUGGUACCAUUCUCGAGCAGAUGCUUGCCACUGCCAGGGACACAGAGCCGGCUGAAAUUAGCUACCAUCCAAAUGGCGAUUUCAGAGCAUCACGAGAUAUCUUUGGUCCCUUGUCUACCGAAAACAGCCCGAAACGCAGGGCUACCCGCAAGACAGCUGCAACCCUGUCCAAUGUCAGUGUCAACGCUCCUCGUCUGCGCGCACCACGAGGAAAGAAGGCUGCGGCUGUUCAAAGCUCACAAAAGCAACAACUUCAUUCAAUGCUUGCCCCACCUCCGGUGUUCUUCAAGCCUGCUCCUACUCCCAAUCCGCUUGCUGCAGGUUUUGGUGGUCGUUUCGUUCCGACUGCGGAGGAAGACGAAGAAUUCAGGUUGACGGUCGAGGAUAUGGGAAAGAAACGUGGGUUCAGCAUUUUCCAAGACGCCCCGGAAGUUAGCCCUACCCGCACUGAAGCUUCCUUGGAGGACCAUCGGUUUGACUUGCCAAAUGCGACCCAUGGCUUGCCAAUGUACCCCGAUGAACUCCAGAACUCGUCCCGUUUUCCUAUUUCCCCGACCCCAGUGCCCAAGCCACUUUCAUACCGUCCACAUGGCAAAGAAAACGGAAAGCCUGAACUGCCACACCAACAACAAGCUCGGCGAGCCCCGUCUGCGCCAUCUGCUCCACCGCACGGCUACACUCCCCAGAUGUUUCUCGAUCCCUCGUCGAUUAAUCCUCUCUACAACCACGCGUACGCUCGGUCUUUUGGUGGCUUCUCCCAACAUACCUUCACUAUGACGAACGUUCCAAUGUAUGGCACAGGAUUUCAGGGAGACUUCAAGCCAGUUGGCUCGAUGCUUCAACCUCAGCACCCACAAGGCCAGAGCAUGGGUACCAAACAAAACGACUUCGGAAAUGGCAUGAACUAUAACAUGUAGACUGCUCACUUCACUGUCCCUCAUGGGGGCUCGUUUCGACAGCCACUGCCAGAGCUAUUAUUUGGCGUUUGGCGCACACUGCACGGCGCCUCAGUAUCUGUUAUUUGCUUUAGCUUUGCAUCGCUAUGUUUUCUUUCCUUCUU